CCUGCAGUGCGUGUGCCAGCUGUGCGAGCACACCAACUUCACCUGCCAGACGGAGGGCGCCUGCUGGGCCUCGGUCAUGCUGACCAACGGGCGCGAGGAGGUGGUGAAAUCCUGCGUGUCCCUGCCCGAGCUCAACGCACAGGUCUUCUGCCACAGCUCCAAGAACGUCACCAAGACCGAGUGCUGCUACACCGACUUCUGCAACAACAUCACGCUGCGCCUGCCCCUCGCGUCGGAGGCGGCGGGCCGAGCGGGGCGGCGCUCGGCGGUGCUGGCGGUGGCCGUGGCCGUGGCGGUGCCGGCGCUGGCGCUGGUGGCGGUGCUGGCGGCCUGCACGGCCCGGGGCCGGCGCCGCAGAGGGGCCAAGACACCCAACGUGGAGGAGCCCCUCUGCGAGGGCAACCUGGUGAGCUCCGGGAAGACGCUGAAGGAUCUCAUCUACGACAUGACGACCUCCGGCUCCGGCUCCGGUCUGCCCCUGCUGGUCCAGAGAACCAUCGCGAGGACUAUUGUCCUGCAGGAAAUUGUGGGCAAAGGACGAUUCGGAGAAGUCUGGCGCGGGAAAUGGUGCGGGGAGGAUGUGGCUGUGAAAAUCUUCUCCUCCAGAGACGAGCGGUCCUGGUUCCGGGAGGCAGAGAUCUACCAGACCGUCAUGCUGAGGCACGAAAACAUCCUGGGCUUCAUUGCUGCUGACAACAAGGACAAUGGGACGUGGACCCAGCUGUGGCUUGUCUCCGAGUACCACGAGCAGGGCUCCCUGUUCGACUACCUGAACAGAGGCACGGUGACGGUGGAGGGCAUGGUCAGGCUGGCGCUGUCGGUGGCCAGCGGCCUGGCCCACCUCCACAUGGAGAUCGUCGGCACGCAAGGGAAGCCAGCGAUCGCACACCGAGACCUGAAAUCCAAGAACAUCCUGGUGAAGAGGAACGAGACCUGCGCCAUCGCCGACCUGGGGCUGGCGGUGAAGCACGACUCGGUGCUCAACACCAUCGACAUCCCGCAGAACCCCCGCGUGGGCACCAGGAGGUACAUGGCCCCCGAGAUCCUGGACGAUGCCAUGAACGUGAACAUCUUCGAGUCCUUCAAGCGUGCGGACAUUUACUCGCUGGGGCUGGUGUACUGGGAGAUAGCCCGGAGGUGCUCCGUUGGAGGAAUCACUGAGGAAUACCAAUUGCCUUACUACGACCUUGUGCCUUCUGAUCCUUCGAUAGAAGAUAUGAGAAGGGUUGUCUGUGAACAGAAGCUCAGACCAAGUAUUCCAAACCAGUGGCAAAGCUGCGAGGCGCUGCGGGUGCUGGGCCGGCUGAUGCGGGAGUGCUGGCGUGCCAGCGGCGCGGCGCGUCUCACCGCGCUGCGCGUCAAGAAGACCAUCUCGCAGCUCUGCGUGCCCGAGGACUCCAAAGCCUGAGAGGCAUCCCCGCGGGGCGAGAGGGGAAGGCGUUCUGCUGUCCACCCUCCCACGUGUGAUGGUAUUUUCGUUUCUGGUCUACCUCAGAUGCUGUGGUUCAGCGCCGCGGUGCCCGAGGCAGAGCACCGGCCCCGGCGGCUCGGGACUCGUCGUUCGGGUUGGGUACAGCAAGUCCGUGACUUGUUUUGGUCUUUUUCAGUAAAUCAGACACCAGUGAAUCGCAGGAAGGAGCUUAAAACAUCAUGGCUGUGUAAAAAUGCCUUUCGCUGUUGUGCUUUUCGUCCUCGUCAGACCCCAAACAUCCUGCAAGUGUCUGGUGCUGGUUAAUGUCCGUUUGUGAGACAAACCUCAUGUUCUCUCCUCAAACCAAGUAAAAGACCAAAUUAACCCAGCUUUUUACCUGUUUUCUUUUUCCAAGGAUCUGAAAAGGAGUUGUCAGUAAAUGCAUUUUGAAUUACUAUCUUUAUAAUUAACCACAAAUCUAGAAAAUAUGGAAAUUCCAUUAAGUGUGUACACUGUGAACAAAACCAUUGAGUCAGUUCCCUGUUAACGUUUAUUUUUAUUGUCUCAAUUUCACUUACAGUAUCGUGGUUAACAUUUGAGUUGUUUUACUCUCUCUUUUGUUCAUCAAAGAAAUCAACCAAGGGACAACUUUUCCUUUUAAUACUUAGUAGGAAAAAUAAUAGAGGCAAUAUUUUUCUGUUAGCUGUGAAAGGGUGGAACAGGAGAAAUUCUACGUAACUGAGAAAAUAUUUAUUUUUAGCAAUGUCUUUCCAAUCACUGACAGCAGGUUUUUUAGUGCCUUUUGAUGUAUUAGGGGGAGGCUUUAACAAAAGCCAAUGCAGCCUGUUCAGGGGUUUCUUAGAGAAUUCUGUAGCAGAGCCAGGCUGGCGAUGAAUAUUAACAUUUCUGACCAGGUUUCCAUAAUAUCACAAGCCAGCAAAUUGAGUUGUUGUGUUAAAAUUCAACAAUGUUCUGGCGAUUUGUGAAUUUUAGCCCACUCUGUGGCCCACAUAUCUGAAUACAGUGUUGGAAUAUUUUUAAUAGGCAAAAUUGUACAUUUUGUAGUCUUAUGGUUCUUCACAUGUUUCUAAAUCCAGCUGGCCCAUGGAAAUUAAUCCCAAAGAUGUUUCCAGAACAGCAGAGCUUUGCAGAACCUGCGGUGGCCCCGCAGCUCCGUGGCAGGCAGCUGCUGGCCCAUCACGGUGUGUGGAUCAGACUUUGGGGCAAAAUCUGCUGACUGGAGCUAUUUCACGGGAGAAUGUGUUAAACUUUUACUGAGUUCGGUGGUCAGUGCUGCAGGGUUUCGUCCUGAUGUCCUCAUCUUCAGGCCAUUGUGGCUCCUCGGUGGCUGUUAAUUGCCCCUGAACAGGCUUUGAUGCAAUUUACCCUUUUGCACAGGGUUCAGUCGCUCCUGCUCGGCUCCAACAAUGCGGGGCUUUGUGAGCAGCGCAGCGUUCCCCUCGCUGCUGGCAGGUUUUUCUCCAGCGUGGUUUCUCUGAUAUAAUUCAGGUUGUCCUAGAGAUUCGUGGCAGCCUGGUCUGAUGGAAGGUGUCCCUGCCCGAGGUAAAACGGGAAAAGCUUUAAGGUCUCUUCCAACCCAAACCAUUCUGGGGUUCUGUGAUUCAAUUCCUGCCCGCUUCAGCUACAUGAGCGACCCCGUGGGGCUCAGUGGUGUGGCUUCAUGGGCUGUCUGAGGGAUAAUCUUGGCAACUGCAUCAUCCAAAGCCUGGUGCUGGCCUGACUAUCAAAAACAAUUUGCAAAUCUAAGAUCCAGCAUCUGUAGUAUGUACAAGAACACACUUAAAAAAAAUUCCUUAUCUUAAAAAGGAAGAAUCAAAGCUUUAUUAUUUUAAGUGGGAAAAGAGUUCCAGUUUUCAGUUUCCCUCCCUGGAGUCCCUGAAAACUGUUGAGCAGCCCGGUGAUUUGAACAAGACCCUUUUGGUGCCUGGCUGGGAAGCGUGGGUGGAGGAUGCUCAGGCUCAGCUGCUCCUCACACAGGUCACAGCUCCAGCCCCAAAAGUGCUUUAACCUUUUCCCUGGACAUAUCUCUUGGCAUCAGACACCGUGGUCUGUUUGUCCUGACUUUUCACCUCAGUAUUUUUGCACUAGUUUUCUUUUCUCUUUUGUUUUUGGGAGGUGAAUGUACAUUUUGACGAACCAGAGUUGAACAUAAACUGAGCCAAGGGGGCCGAUGUUGUUGUUUUGAGCUCUGAAAUGUUUGUAAACUCUACACUCCUCCAGAAAAGCUCCAAAGAACCCUUGUUUCAGUGGCCUUUCCCCUCCAUGUGGGUUUCUGUCUAAUUUAAGCACAGAGGUUAUGCCGAGACACUUCUGUGCAGUUUAGGGACGUUAGGUUUCCUCAGAGGUUACAACAUUCCUAUAAUCUUCACUUAAAGCACAAGCUCUUAAACUCAUGAAAAUAUUCAAGGUCAAGGAUGCUCAAAACCUGUCCCCACAUUCAGCCUCUCCUAAUUGACAGUUCUAACUGGGGGGAGUUACCAAUAUCCUAUAAUUUGCUUCUAAUAACAAUCUAAAGUUUAAUGUAGGGAUUAUGCACUGAAAGGGAAAGUUAAUUAAUGUUUCCUGUAGCACCUAAUUUUUUUUUUUGUGUUACUUGAACUGCUGCCCCCAGACACUCCUUUGGAAAUUCAGGUUGUAAUCUCCUCUGCACUUCCCUACUUUCAUAAUUUGCACUUAAUCAAGCUCCCUCCCUCCCGUGACACUGUAAAGAGCCCUACACUAUCUUAGUCAUUGCUAUGUCACUCCUGUGCUUGGUACUAGGCUCAGGAAUUAUAAAAGAAUUCGUUUAGAAAUGUGCCCAGUCCCUACAAGGGGUCUGGGCUUUGAGCAGGGCGAGUUCUCCUCAGUCCCCGUCUGCCCAGAGCUCCGGUGCCAAGGCUGGGCUGGAGCCUGUCCCCAGCUGCCCCUGGCUCAUGGGGAGGAGCUGUUUGGGUUUUCCCUGGGACAGGGACAGGGACAGGGACAGGGACAGGGGUGGCACCGCAGGGCUCUGGGGGGCCGCGGGUGGGCACAGGCUCUGCUGCCCCCCUGGCUGCACAAGUGGGGAGGCACAAACCCACUUUUGUGUUGAUGAGGGCUCAAACCCCCUGCUGUGGUUCUGUGGGGUCUGUGAGGAUGUCCUCGGGGCGUCCUCGGGGUGUCCUCGGGGAGCCCUGGGCCAGCACCUGGGUGCCCCCAGCAGCACUGCAGGUGUGUCCCCGGCCGUGCCCUCGCUGUGCAAGCCGUGUCUGUGAUUGCAGGGAUCGUCCCCACGGGAUGUGGGACCCCAGCCCCCCAAAGCUGCUAGGGAAAGAUGUCCAUGUUCUGCUCGAAGGGGCACAACAAUAUUUAUGAAUGUACAGGGAAUAAGCAUUGAGGUACAGUAUAUUUCUACAGAAUAUAAGAAAUGUGCAAUAAAUUGUAACUUACGCUGAAUGUAUUUUUGGCAUAAAUGGACCAGAUGUAUUUUGAAUGUAGCUAUGACAUUGUGUCUAAUCCUGCUGUGAUCCUCAGUCCCUAAGAAAAGCGUGUCAUGCUUUGUCAAUCCACAAACCACUUCCUGAGUUGUCUGUUUUUAAGAGAAGCAUUAGUAUUUUAUCUGGAACACUGUAAUAUUUCUGAACUAAGUAUGGCAGUGCAGUGCUAACUUCAACCCUUGUGUUGUGAAAUAUCUGAUCUGUGUACACUGCAGAGUUAUUUUUAAAACUAUUGCUAAAGUUAUUGCUUGGUAUUGCAGCUGCCUGGAUGUAAAUAAUGGUUUAGCUCUUUUAUUUUAU